AUGGGAGGAAUCGAUCCAGGAGCCUCUGCAGAUGGUUUCUUUUCAGGCAGCGAAACCAGCAGGCAAGCUUUGUCAGAAUGCAAGGUGUGGCGCAAUCCUUUAAAUCUUUUCCGAGGAGCUGAGUACAACAGGUAUACAUUGGUAACUGGAAAGGAACCAUUAACAUAUUAUGACAUGAAUUUAUCAGCUCAAGAUCAUCAGACAUUUUUCACUUGUGAUACAGACAUGUUACGGCCAUCUGAUGCUGUUAUGCAGAAAGCUUGGAGAGAAAGAAGUCCUCAGUUGAGAGUAAAGGCUGCCCAUCAAGCCCUAGAAGCAUCCAAUGACUGUGCCACAGCUUACAUUCUCCUGGCAGAAGAGGAAGCUACAACCAUCUCUGAUGCAGAAAAGUUCUUUCAACAAGCACUGAAAGCAGCAGAAGGUGCUUACAAGAAAUCUCAGCAACAGCAACACUUGAGUUCUCAACAUGAAGCUCAGCAUAAACGAGACAUGAAUGUCUUGGUUUAUGUAAAGAGAAGGCUGGCAAUGUGUGCUAGAAGAUUAAGAAGAAUACGAGAAGCUGCAAAAAUAAUGAGAGAUUUAAUGAAAGAGUUUCCUUUGCCCAGCAUUGUAAAAUAUCCAUGAAAACCUGCUGGAGGCUCUUCUGGAAUUGCAGGCAUAUGCGGAUGUUCAGGCAGUGCUUGCUAAAUAUGACGGUGAGCUGAACUGUUGUCACCCAGAUAUCAGUCUUCCAAAGUCAGCAACAAUAUGUUAUACAGCAGCAUUAUUAAAAGCCAGAGCAGUGUCUGACAGGUUUUCACCUGAAACAGCUUCCAGAAGAGGACUCAGCACUGCAGAAAUGAAUGCUGUAGAAGCUAUUCACCGUGCUGUAGAGUUUAAUCCUCAUGUACCAAAGGUAAAGAAAGAAAAGUU